AUGAGAUCAAACCAAGAAGGCCUUCAUGUGUUUCCUAUGCCAAAUAUGAUCAAUGAUCUGAGGAUUAGUGAUAUGUUCUCAAAUGGGAACAUAGCUGAUAAUUCUAGGCAUGUAUCGAACAAGUUCAGUUUGGACACCAGGAGGCAGCAGUCACCAGAGGAUACCGAUUUCAGUGAUGAUGUGCCCAAGUUCAUAAACCACAUCCUCAUGGAAGAGGAAGUGGAAUAUGAGGUUCUCGGAGAGCAUUAUCCAGCUCCCAAUUCGGAUCAGGGUGUUGAUUAUGAUCCUAGUGAUGUAGAGUCGUUUUCUGGUGAUUGGUUUUAUGAUCCCAGCUUCAGUGGAUAUAAUGGACAUGAUAUUACUGUCAAUGAUCCACACUCGACUUGUCGGUCAUUGUACAGUACAUCGUCUAGCAAUGCUAACUUAGCCGAAGGUCCCUUUAGUUCACCUGUUAGCCCUCUCAAGAUCUCUGAUGCGUUCAGCGAGCAAGAGUCGGCUAUGCAAUUCAAGAAGGCAGCUGAAGAAGCGAAUAAAUUUCUCGACUGUGGCAGCAACUUGAUUUUGAGUAUGAAAAACGAUGAUAUACCAAGGGGGAAGAAGAAUCCCCAUCGCGAGACCUUAGGCUCACAAGAGGAAAGGAGCAGCAAGCAGUCAGCCGUUUCUUCCGACGCUGCUGUGAGUGAUGACAUGUUUGAUAAGGUUCUCCUGUGCAGUGGAGGAAAGAACGAAUCCGCCCUGCGUAAAGAAUUGAGUGAAGCAACUAAAGCCACUCCACAAGAGGAUCAUUCCAAUGUUGGGAGCAAGAAAAAAGGAGAUGGGACAAGUGUGGUUGAUCUGAGAACCUUAUUGAACCUCUGUGCACAAGCCGUUGCAGUCGAUGAUCGUAGGACAGCGAACGAUUACCUGAGUCAGAUUCGACAACAUGCUACUCCGACAGGGGAUGGGAUGCAGAGGCUUGCCUACUACUUUGCUGAUGGCCUCGAGGCGCGGAUGGCUGGAUGUGGAGAUCUCACAUAUGGUCGUGCACCCACGUUGCCUACCUCGGCUGCUGACGUCCUGAGAGCCUAUCAUAUACUAAUUGCUACCUGUCCAUAUAGGAAGAUAUCCGACUUCUUUGCUAAUAAAACCAUCAUGGAUGUUUCUGAGAGAGUCACGAAGCUCCACAUUGUUGAUUUUGGCAUCCUCUACGGUUUCCAAUGGCCUAGCUUUAUGCAACGUCUCUCUACUAGACCCGGUGGGCCCCCAAGGCUUCGUAUCACUGGAAUUGAUCUUCCGUGUCCAGGUUUCCGGCCAUCAGCAAGGGUUGAAGAGACGGGGAGGCGUUUGUCUAGCUAUGCUGAAACUUUUGGAGUUCCGUUUGAGUUCAACGCGAUUACCAAGAGUUGGGAAACGAUAAAACUUGGAGAUCUUACGAUAGAGAAAGACGAGUUGCUUGCGGUAAGCUGUAUUAACAAAUUCAGUAGUCUUCUCGAUGAGAGCGUGUUAGUGAAUAGCCCGAGAAAUAUUGUUCUGAACCUUAUCAGGAAGAUGAAUCCGGGCGUUUUCGUCCAGGGGGCUGUGAAUGGCUCGUAUGGCGUGCCUUUCUUCAUUACAAGAUUCCGGGAGGCGAUGUUUCACUUCUCGUCCCUUUUUGACAUGCUCGACACCACCAUUCCCCGAGAGAUUCAUGAGAGGAUGCUUCUUGAGAAGAUAGUGUUUGGACAGGGCGUUGUGAACGUAUUAUCUUGUGAAGGAGCUGAUAGGGUCGACAGACCAGAGACGUACAAGCAAUGGCAGAUCCGGAACACUAGAGCUGGAUUCGUGCAGCUUCCGCUGGACAGGGAGAUUGUGAAAAUGGCUAAAAAAAGAGUGAAGUCAUCCUACCACAAGGAUUUUGUUAUCGACGUAGAUGGCCAGUGGAUGUUGCAAGGGUGGAAAGGGCGCAUCAUAUACGCGCUCUCUUCUUGGAGGCCCGCUGAUUGAAUUCAGCUCGUUACAAGGCCGGAUGACUGGUCGCUGUUCGUGCAGGCUUCUACAUCAGAUGUCAAACAUCCACUUGUUAGAAGAUAAUGCCUUAUUGUCUAUCUUCUUCCAUCAGGAUCUCAUAAUCUGUCGGGGCUGGAAAGCAACAAAAUGGCGUGGCAAUGGCUUCAAGUAUUGAUAGGUAAUGUAAUGUUUCUUGA